ACCACAUGCGAGAAACUCGAGCGGCAAGGGACGUUGGACGAAUACAAUCAUAUUUGCUGAUAGGAUGAACAUCAGGAGAGAGAAUGCAGUGCCAGUUGAUGACCAAGACUGUGGACGGCUCUUCUGCGCUUCGAUGAACUGCAUGCCCCACGGCCAGAGUCUCGCAGAUGGAGUUCCCACGCAAACCUCCGAAGAAUUACGCAUGGGCCACAACAUAAUCGAAGAGACAGCACCGGAGACGGACAAGACAAUCUUUCAGUGUUUGGAAGAUGGGUUUCAUGUAAACACCAUGACGAACAGAAGAACAAUCGAAAAGCCCAGCUCGUUGCGGCUACUGAUCAAUGCGCGUGAACGGAGGCGCAUGCAUGAUCUGAACGAUGCACUGGACGACCUGCGAGCUGUCAUUCCAUACAGACCGAAUCAAAGCGUGAGACUGUCCAAGAUCGCAACGCUGCUCCUGGCAAAGAACCACAUUCUGAUGCAAGCUCGAGCCUUGAAGGAGAUGACUAGUAUAGUUCAGCAACUGGACCUUACACAAAACAUUAUGACAUCACAAAUACUGUCACGAGCGCAUUAA